AUGACAUCCCGAAGUAACAUCGAAAGAAAACAUUCGAUACAUUUUUUUCUUUGCGUUCUCCUUUUAAGUCCUAUCGUACUUGGGCAUUCAUUCAUACUGGCCAUUGAAGGGGCUAAUGGACAUCGAUCGAGCGGAUUUGGGACACGUUUCACCACUCGUGGUACAUUGACUCAAUUCACUGGGAUCAUUAAGGAGGAAGAGAUAAAAACAGGCGCAGUUACACCUUGUGGAAGGAUUUUUGGAGGUGACUCGAUGAAGGGAUUCGUGGUAAAUAUUCAGGAAGAAUUCCGACGAGCCGAAAAUGAUGGUCUUCCCCUCGCUCGUCAUGACGGCUCUUUAGUCAUGAGUGUUUUUGUACACAACCGGGAUGGUGCCGGUCCUUUUGCUUGUGAUUAUUCAGCAGAUCUGACCAUGAAGUCCUUGAAACCUAUGACCAUCAGUCACCAAAUAGAGGGUGAUAAGGGUAUAAAUGAGGCGAGUAAAGACUUUGUGUAUCCUUUAACUUCGGUCUUUCCACCUGAGGCGGUGUGUUUAGGAGGUAAAACAAAAGAUGCGUGUGUGAUAAGAUGUGUGAAUCCAAAAGGGUUUGGCUCUUGUGCUGCCGUUCGGCUCAAUCGUCAAGCUUUUUCAAACAAAAUAAUUUAUCCGCCCCCACAGAAGGCAAAUAAUCCUCUCCAACCUUUGCGCACGAACCCUUUCGAUCCGGCCAUUGCCAACACCCAUAAUCCGAACAAGAAUGUACCUAUCAACACCACUCACCAAACGAAGAGACCGCCUACCACCUCCGCCAAAAAUUCCAAUCUGCCUAUCAUUUCCCCCAAUCAAAAGGCCAGACUGCCUCCCACCUCUGCCGAGAAUACCGAACUGCCUAUCACUUCCGAAGAUCAAAAAGCCGUAUUGCCUUUCAUCUCCGUCGAUCAAAACAUCACGCUGUCUGGCAUCAACUCCGAAAAAGAUAUGAAAAUAAUCACUGCUAAGUCUCUUGGCGGCCCUGAGCCAUAUGAAUAUCCUAAUGAAGCAGAUGGAUAUCCUAAUGAGUCAAAUCAAUAUCCCAAUGAUCCAAAUCAAUAUCCUAAUGAGUCAAAUCAAUAUCCUAAGCAGUCAAAUCAAUAUCCUAAGCAGUCAAAUCAAUAUCCUGAUGCGCCAAUCAAGUUUGCUUCAGGAGACUUCGUUUGA